CCAGUCUGAGCGGCGAUGGCGGCGGCGGCGGCGGCGGCAGCAGCAGCGGGGGCUGCGGGCGGUCGGGGCUCCGGGCCGGGGCGGCGGCGCCAUCUUGUGCCCGGGGCCGGUGGGGAGGCCGGGGAGGGGGCCCCGGGGGGCGCAGGGGACUACGGGAACGGCUUGGAGUCUGAGGAACUGGAGCCUGAGGAGCUGCUGCUGGAGCCCGAGCCGGAGCCCGAGCCCGAAGAGGAGCCGCCCCGGCCCCGUGCCCCCCCGGGAGCUCCGGGCCCUGGGCCUGGCUCGGGAGCCCCCGGCAGCCAGGAGGAGGAGGAGGAGCCGGGACUGGUCGAGGGUGACCCGGGGGACGGCGCCAUUGAGGACCCGGAGCUGGAAGCGAUCAAAGCUCGAGUCAGGGAGAUGGAGGAAGAAGCUGAGAAGCUAAAGGAGCUACAGAAUGAGGUAGAGAAGCAGAUGAAUAUGAGUCCACCUCCAGGCAACGCUGGCCCAGUGAUCAUGUCCAUUGAGGAGAAGAUGGAGGCUGAUGCCCGUUCCAUCUAUGUUGGCAAUGUGGACUAUGGUGCAACAGCAGAAGAGCUGGAAGCACACUUUCAUGGCUGUGGUUCAGUCAACCGUGUUACUAUACUAUGUGACAAAUUUAGCGGCCAUCCCAAAGGGUUUGCAUAUAUAGAGUUCUCAGACAAAGAGUCAGUGAGGACUUCCUUGGCCUUAGAUGAGUCCCUAUUUAGAGGAAGACAAAUCAAGGUCAUCCCAAAACGAACCAACAGACCAGGCAUCAGCACAACAGACCGGGGUUUCCCGCGAGCCCGAUACCGUGCCCGGACCACCAACUACAACAGUUCCCGCUCUCGAUUCUACAGUGGUUUUAACAGCAGGCCCCGGGGUCGCGUCUACAGGGGCCGGGCUAGAGCGACAUCAUGGUAUUCCCCUUACUAAAAAAAAGUGUGUAUUAGGAGGAGAGAGAGGAAAAAAAGAGGAAAGAAGGAAAAAAAAAAAAAAGAAUUAAAAAAAAAAAAAAAGAAAAACAGAAGAUGACCUUGAUGGAAAAAAAUAUUAAAAAAAAAAAAAAGAUAUACUGUGGAAGGGGGGAGAAUCCCAUAACUAACUGCUGAGGAGGGACCUGCUUUGGGGAGUAAGGGAAGGCCCAGGGAGUGGGGCAGGGGGCUGCUCAUUCACUCUGGGGAUUCGCCAUGGACACGUCUCAACCGCGCAAGCUGCUCCCCCUGUUUCCCUGUCCCCCUUUGCCCCCUUGCGGGCUGCUCAAGGGUAGGUGGGCAUGGGUGGUAGGAGGUUUUUUUUUUACCCAGGGCUCUGGAAGGACACCAAACUGUUCUGCUUGUUACCUUCCCUCCAUCUUCUCCCUAGCUUUCAGAGUCCCCUCCUGCCUGUUCCUGUCCUGCCAGGUCUACCACCCACCCCACCCCUCUUUUCUGGCUCCCUGCCCCUCCAGAUUGCCUGGUGAUCUGUUUUGUUUCCUUUUGUGUUUCUUUUUCUGUUUUGAGUGUCUUUCUUUGCAGGUUUCUGUAGCCGGAAGAUCUCCAAUCCGCUCCCAGCGGCUCCAGUGUAAAUUCCCCUUUCCCCUGGGGAAAUGCACUACCUUGUUUUGGGGGGUUUUGGGGUGUUUUUUGUUUUUCAGUUUUUUGUUUUGUUUUGUUUUCCUUUGCCUUUUUUUCCCUUUUGUUUGGAGGGAAUGGGAGGAAGUGGGGACAGGGAGGUGGGAGGUGGAUUUUGUUUAUUUUUUUAGCUCAUUUCCAGGGGGUGGGAGUUUUUUUUUUAAUAUGUGUCAUGAAUAAAGUUGUUUUUGAAAAUAAAAAA